ACUUAAAUUUAUAUCUAACCUAAAAAUGGGGUUUCUUACAAAAUUACCAAAUUUAUCAAGAACAUGUAUAUUUUUACGUUUCCUCCCCAAACAACAACCGCAAUACAUGUUUAAAUCACCUCAAAUAAUUCAACGCAAAACGAUUACAUCGAGAUUUGUUGCAAAAGAUACCGCAAAUACUUUCAGGAUACAUGAUAAUAUUCCAGCACAUUAUGAGUUAAUUUAUCGAAUUAAAUUGGCUAAAUACAUAUUCUGGGCACAAGUAGCUUCUACAAUUAUCGUUGGAAUUGUAUUGAUUAGUGUGUUAUAUAACGAAACCCCACAAAAUAUUAAUACACAUGAUUGGAGCCAAGAAGUUCGUUUACAUUUAAACAAUGAAGAAAUAAUUUACCUUUCAGCCAUUCUAGGAAUUUGUGUUAUUCUUAACUUUUUUGUUGCUAAACUCCCUGUGCGGGUGUAUUACUACAAGAGAAAUAAACAAUACAUUGCUGUUCGUUAUGGAAAUAUUUUGAAUAAAAUAAAGAAAAUGCAUUUUCAAAGGAAUGAUGUUGUUAAAUUACCUGAAAGUGGUUUUCUUCCUUGGAAAGGUGAUUGGUAUCACAUUAGGAAUCAAACUAAUGUGAUAUUAUUUGAAACAUCAUUUAGAGCACCUUCAGAUCAAAGUAUUUUAUUGGGAUAUCAAAAUGAUGAUGAAGAUGAUUAAUGUGUAAUUGUUUAUUAUAUUUAUUGUUUAAUAAAUCAAAAAUCUUUUGAAA